AUGGCUAAGGACUACUUCGGACUUAAGUUCAUUCGAAACCACCAGACCACAUUCAUUGGCACUACAUUAUGGAUAGACGGCGGCGAAGUCCUCCCUGUUAGACUUGCGAAUUUCUCCAACUCGACAAUAGAUAGGUCUUACGGUCCAAACCCGUAUCUAUAUAGUCUUGACCUUAGCCAAACCAUCAUCACAAGCGGGAAUACAUCAAACAACAGACUCGACCAACUCUGGGACAGCGGUCGUUUGAAGCUUAUUGAAAAACCUGCAAGCGCGGGAACUUCCUCCGGGGGCGCUUUAUUCAAUUACAAAUGGAUAGAUUCCCGAGGCGGUAGAUCGCAAUUUGUCCAGUUUGGAGGAAGAACCGGUGACGAAGUCGACCCAGGAAAUCCUUUGUACGAGUACAAUACGCAGGACGCAGGAUUCGACAUUUUCACGGUCGGGGCCAAGACUAAUGAUACAAUAGAAGGGGCGUACCUGAACCCACAUCAUGGGGCAGCAGCACAGUCCCUUGAUGGAUUCGGGUACUAUUUGGGGGGUAUGGAUAACAAUGGGAAAUAUUUGAAGCAAUUGGUGAAAUUAAAUCUCAGCAACGGGGAAAUAUCCGUGGAGGAUACGGGUGAUAUGCCAGCGUUGGUUGGAUCCCAAAUGUCGUGGUACCCGAUUGGAAAGAAAGGUGUAUUGGUGUCUAUUGGUGGAGAAAUGAUAGAUUCUAGUGGGAGGAUACGAUCGAUGCCAAUGGAAAACAUCUGGGUCUAUGAUAUUCUUUCAUCUAAAUGGUAUUCUCAAAUUGCAACACCGGCCGAUGAUGUCCAAGGCCUUCCUAUCGACCGAAAGUUCUUCUGCGCGGUUUCUCCUUAUUAUGCAGGAGCUGCGGAUUCUUAUGAAAUAAUAUUGCACGGUGGUCACCGGACAGUCUCUAAUGACCUACUUAAACUCGAUGAUGUGUGGGCUCUCACGGUACCAACUUUUCAAUGGGUUCAGUACUAUUUCGGUCUUACCGGCGAUCGAACCACUCAUGGAGCUUAUAACGUCUCUUGUUCUUGCCCAAACGACCGAUACUUCAUGGUGGCCAGUACAUAUGGCUUCGGCACGGAAUACGCAAAUUUCCCAUUCGCUUGGUAUGAUAUCACAAACUUAGGUUGGACUCAUUUCGAUGCGAAUGCGCAAGGCUACGAAAGGCCUCAGAUUGUCAGAACCGCUGUAGGCAGAAGACGACAACCGGAAAGUUGGGAUAAUCCUGCCCUUGCGGAGGUAUUCGCACAAGCAUAUACUCGCGGCUAUGUUGCUCCUACCAGUACGUCCGUCGGCCCUGGGGCUACCGGUGGUUCUACGCCUACAGGAGCCGGUACUCCAUCCGACAAUGACGGCUCGGCCCCUAAAAAGAAUACAGCUGCCAUAGCCGCCGGAGCAUCAGUUGGGAGCGUCGUCUUAAUCGGUGCCAUUGUAUUUGCAUUCUUUUUCAUGCGCCGAAGGAAGAAGCGGAAUUUACCGCCUGUACCUGUGCCCGGCCCUGCAUAUGAUAACGGUCUUCCACCACCUGGCGGUUUUGGCAGACCGUUGUCGGAAUUACAUUCGUCACAUCUUGCGGCUGAAUUAGCGCCUAGCCGCCAUCUCGUGGAGCUCGACAGCGUUUAUGACCCUCUAAAACCGAACCUGUCGGUGGGGAGCCAAGGGCCAGUUGAAGUGGUGCAGCUUCCCACUCUUCCUCGGGAAAAAUAA